AUGUCACUCCCACGGAUGACCCGUUCACAUGUGCUUGCUCGUCUAACCCUCAUGAAUCGAUGGAAUUGCUUGCUUCUUCGAGAUGGACCUUGUGUUGCACAGCUGCACCGUCUACCUACCGUCCAAUCUGUAUCCCGCACCCGGUUGAUAUCAACUCAGUCUGGACCGAUUGAUGAAAAAGCCGAAUCGCCGGAACCGAACUUUGCCGCACGCCAUAUCGGUCCGUCAGAGAACGACGCGGAACAAAUGCUUCAUGCAUGUGGCUUUGCAGUAGGCGAGUCCGCCAUUCUCAAACGUUUGGAACAGAUGAUGAGCAAAAAUGAAGUUUGGCGCUCGUAUAUCGGUCAGGGAUACUACGGGACAUUAACCCCGACACCAAUUUUACGCAACGUGUUCGAAAAUCCGGGCUGGUACACAUCAUACACACCAUAUCAGCCAGAGAUAUCUCAAGGUCGUUUGGAAGCUCUGCUCAAUUUCCAAACUCUGGUCGCCGAUCUGACUGGAUUGAAACUGGCCAACGCAUCCCUGUUGGAUGAAGGAACCGCAGCAGCUGAAGCCUUGACCAUGGCAAAUCGGUAA